UCGUUCUGCUCCUUCUGCAAUAGAAAAAAGUAUCUCUAAUCAAGUCUAAAACACGGAUGGCCGCCGAUUCCAUUAAAGCUUUUCUUGUGGUCGUGCUCGCCUUCAUGCUUGUUUCUGAGGCCUUCCUUCAGGAAGUUAAUGCUGCCGGAGAGUGCGGAAAGACCCCCAUCAAGUCUGCAGCUGCAACCUUGAGCCCUUGCUUGAGUGCAGCUGCGAAUGCUCAGGCCAAGGUUCCACCAACAUGCUGCACAAAAGUUGGUGCCUUAAUCAAGGCCACACCCAAGUGCCUUUGUGCGGUUUUGUUGUCGCCUUUGGUAAAGCAGGCGGGGAUCCAGCCUGCCAUUGCUAUUACUAUUCCAAAGCGGUGCAACAUCAGCAACCGACCGGCGGGAAAGAAGUGCGGAAGAUACACUCUCCCCUGAGAGUCAAACCCAAAGUCGACUA